UCCUCCUCCUCCUGCAGAAGCGCACAAUGAUCCAGCUCUUCCGCUGUGGGUCUGGCUGCUUAUUUGGGAAGACUUCAAAUCAAGGAUCAAAUCAAGUCGACAGCUCUUGAGAGACGGGCCGAGAGAAGGACUGCUGUCUUCUUUUUUUUCUUCUUCUUGCAGCAGUAGUCGGAGUCAGAUCAGCUCCCGUUGCAGACUCUUGUCUGUCCUGGUCUGAGUGGUUUUCCCUCAGUGUUCAGCUUCCAGCUCACCUGCACACGCCAAACCAUGCGCUUGCGGGCUGCGCUCCCACGGUUUACCUCCCUCCUAUUUCUCCUUCUUUUCCCACCCGUUUUCUCCUCAAAACCUCAGUGGGUUCUCCAGCGCGUCCCUGUGGUCCUCCCCCAGCAGACGGAGGCUCGGCCAGCCCCUCACUUCCUGUCUCCGGCCCGCUUGGAUGUUACUUCGCCCUGUGACCCAGAAUGCCACAAGAAAGCUCCUCGCCCGAGCUACUGGGACCUGCGGCGACUUCUGGCCUACGAGACCCUCCACUCCAACGGUCAACUCACUGAAACCGCCAUCGGGAUCUAUGGCUACAACCCCAAUCCUGACACCAGCCCAGCCUACUCCUCUGCGUCGUCUGGCAAGACUGAGCGGUCGCACGUCAGAAGAAAGCGGCAGAUCUUUGGCCAUGAUGGCCGCUUCAGCAUUGCCGGGCAGAACUUCCUGCUCAAAUAUCCCUUCUCAGUGGCUGUUAAGCUGUCCACCGGGUGCUCUGGUACACUCGUGGGAGACCGUCACGUCCUUACGGCUGCUCACUGCGUUCACGAUGGUAAAAACUAUGUGAAAGGAGCCCAGAAGCUCCGUGUUGGCUUUUUGAAACCUAAGCAACGGGACACGCAAUAUUCUCCCUUUUACGUUUCCUCCAACCUUACCAACCACGUUGAAGGAGGCGCUGCCCCGUACGCCGCCCCGACCAACGACAAAAUGAAGUUCCAGUGGAUCAGAGCCAAGCGCACCCACGUCCCCAAGGGAUGGAUUAAAGGGAACGCCAAUGAUAUUGGAAUGGACUACGACUAUGCUUUGCUGGAACUUAAGAAACCCCACAAACGACGCCACAUGAAUUUGGGAGUCAGCCCCUCGGCGCAGAGACUGCCCGGUAAACGGGUCCACUUCUCGGGAUUUGACAACGACCGCCCAGGUCAGCUGGUGUAUCGGUUCUGCCGGGCCGGCGAGGAGACAUCAGAUCUUCUGUACCAGCACUGUGAUGCUCAGCCUGGGGCCAGCGGCUCAGGGGUCUACGCCCGGAUGUGGGACGGACGGCGCAGGCGCUGGGAGCGGAAGGUGAUAGGCGUGUUCUCUGGGCAUCAGUGGGUGGAGCGACAAGGGGCGUCUCAGGAAUUUAACGUAGCCGUGAAAAUCACACCUCUCAAAUACGCUCAGAUCUGCUACUGGAUAAAAGGAAACUUCCUGAACUGCAGGGAAGGGUGAGAAAAAAACGGGAGUGAGGACUACACGAGCCACACGGGGGUGUAGCUACAAGAUCAACGACCCUCUGCAUCCUCAUGCAUCCUUCUGGGAUACAGGGGCAACAAGAACCCACAUUUUUUCAUCGCAAUACGUGUAGCAGUGACAUAACAUUAAUAUCAAAAUUUAGUUUGUUGCCCCUUCUUCUCAGAUGCCAAUAUCACCAAGUCCAGUAAUGACACUACAUUGCAUAACCACGGCGUGUUUAUUUUGUUUAUGCUUAGUACCUCAUCGCCACUCACAUUUCUAAAACAUGGAACCGCUUCAUCUGCUUCACCGGAAAAACCAAGUUAUCUCGAGUCCCUUCCGAUCUGGACCACGGACUGAUGAAGUAGGACCGGGGGAACUGUUAGUCUGUUUAUUAUAGCCUUCUUCCUGAGCUUAUACUAAAGAUUGCACUGUUGGGAAAAAAGUGUUUCUACUGAAAAUGAUGACUGUGGAUGAAUGUACAACUACCAAAGUUGCCAACUGUUUCUUUCCAAACUAUCCCGCAUCUCCUGUCAGUGGGCACACUACUUAUCAUCAAACAUAGUGAACAUCCAACUUGUUAUACAGGUUGGUGGUAAAUGUCGGCAGAUGUCUCUUGUCGCGGCUGUGGAUUACUUGUCACAUGAAGCAGUUUGCUGAGCGUUUUUCUUAAUUGCUUAGUGCCACCUGGUGGCCACAUAAAACACUGCAAGUGUCCACAAUGAGCAUUAUGCCAACUUAAACUAGGCUUAAAAGCACUUUUUACUUUCUCUCGUUUUUGUGAUGUUUCCAGAACAGAAGACUUGUUGCAGAUUUAUGAAAUAUAUGCUUUAAAAAAAAAAAAUGAACCUGUGUCACAUAUUUGUUUGUAAUUUGCUCAUACAACACAUGCAAAAAAACAAAAAACAAAAAUUAAACACAACAUCGGGUUAAACACCACUUGUUUUAUUUCAGAUGUCAAAAUGAAUAUUCUGAAAUGCAGCGGGGAAACCGAAACACUGUAAAAUGCCAAAAUAUGAGGACCAGCUCCCAUGACUUCUUCAGCACCGACAACUAGGACUUUGAAAACGGGAUUCAGAGAUUUUGGCGCAUUAAAAAACAAAAAACAAAACAAACAAAAACUGCAAAUUGUUUUAUAGUUAUCGUUGUUGUUAUAGUUAAAUGGUUUAUCUUUUUUUUUUAAGUUUAUCCUCUCUUGGGAAAGAUGACAUUCACUUCAGGGCACCGUGCUCAACAGUUAAAAUCUCAUACGUCGGGUCUCCUCUUCAGAGGCAAAAGUGCUGGUUUUCACAAAACCGCAGAAAGCGAAGAGAUUGUGUUAUGUGAGCAGAGACGUAUCAUUCAAGCAAGAAGUGAAAUAAAGCGAACUUAAAAUGU